UUUUUUUUUAUGAUGCAACGAAAAACAAACUCCUCUGUGCAACGAAGGUACAAAUGUACUAUGUGCUCCAAAGCAUUCUUUCGAUUGGAACAUAGAACUCGACAUAUCCGAACUCAUACUGGUGAAAAGCCUCAUUCUUGUACUUACCCUGGUUGUGGAAAAAGGUUUUCAAGAUCGGAUGAACUCACAAGACAUUCACGUACACAUACAUCAACAGGAUCACGUCGUUAUGAAAGAAAGGAUAUUUUAUUUCGAAGACCUCCUCAUACUCCUUUAUCACCACCUUCAGAAGGCAUUGCGCGUCGUCAACAUUAUCAUUACCAACAACAACAACAACAACAACAACAACAAGCAACUAUUCCUUUACCACCUAGUCCAGCGUUAUCUACCUGUACCUCUACAGAUUACUCCUUCAACACACCAUCUCCAGCAAACGAUAUUCUUCGUCUGACUCCUCGAACGUCAGUAUCUCCUUUAUUUGGUUCAUGUCAUUCCACCUAUCGCUCUUCUAAUCAAGGAAACAAACCUCAGCCAGUGGAAUGUAACAUUACUUAUCCUCCCUUGUCUUCCUCUACUUCGUCUUCCUCUACUUCGUCGUCAAUAUCUUCUUCUUCUUCUUGCUCCUCGAAUUAUCAUAUAACAAACAAAACAAUAGAAUCAAUCCCGACUACUCCAACUACUCCGUUUUCCACUGGUCCUACACAUACUUUAGCUUCACCAUCAGCAUCACCCUCCAUGAAAACUCAAGAUUAUUAUCAUCAACGUCCUACUUUACCUUCCAUUCAUUCAUUACUUCUCUAUUAGUUCUUAUAUAUAUAUAUAUAUAUAUAUUUACACAUGCUUAUAUUCUUAUUCCUUUUGUGAAACUUCAUUAUGUUUAUCGGUGUAUCAUAGUUUUCUAUUGUUUGAU